AUGACGGGUCUCGACCCGAAUACCGACCAAAUCCUGCAAAUCUGCUGCUUCAUCACCGACGCCAACCUCAACCUCCUCGACACAACGGGCUUCGAAACGGUGGUCCACGUGCCCCAGAGCGCGCUAGACGCCAUGUCGCAGUGGUGCAUCGACACCCACGGCCGCACGGGACUAACGCAGCGCGUCCAGACCUCGACCGUGACGCCCGAGGCCGCGGCGGCCAACCUGCUCGCGUACAUCAAGCGGUACAUAGCGACGCCCCGAACGGCGCUGCUGGCGGGGAACAGCGUUCACGCGGAUAAGGCGUUCCUGGCGUGUGGACCGUAUGCGGCGGUGUUGGAGUGGCUGCACUAUCGAAUUGUGGAUGUCAGUACGAUUAAGGAGGUUGUUAGGCGGUGGGGAGGCGAGGGGCUGCUGGGCGCGGUGCCGCCCAAGAAGGAGGUGCAUGAGGCCCGGGAGGACAUUCUGGAGAGCAUCGAGGAGAUGAAAUUCUACAGGGAGCAGCUGUUUGGCAGUAGCAAGUAA